AUGUUACGCGCUUUACGAAAUACACAAACCCCCAAUCUCUUCAAGCACUUUUCAACCAUCGCUCGCGACGAUCCCAUUCACCGCAUCAAUUUGCGUGUCGGCAAAGUUGUCAAUGUGGAAAAACAUCCUGGAGGGGAACACCUCUUCAUUGAGCAAGUGGAUUUGGCUGAGGAGUCGCCUCGAACCAUCGUCAGUGGAUUAGCGCCUUAUAUGGCCAUGGAGAGCUUAAUGAACAAAAAGGUGGUUGUCGUGAGCAACAUGAAGCCAAGUCGAUUUCGUGGUGUGCUAUCCCAAGGCAUGCUUCUCGCAGCAACAUCCAACGACAACAGCCGAGUUGCUUUACUUGAACCAGCAGCCGAUAGCCAAGUGGGUGAGCGCAUCAAAGUGGAUACCAGCAACGACGAGCAGCCUGAAGAAGAGAUGAUGGAUUCACCUCCUAUAUUAAAACCCAAGCAACGUGUGUUCGAAUCGGUGGCAGAAUUUCUAAAGACUGAUGAAAAUGGAACGGCAACCUAUAAAGGUCAACCACUAAAGACAAAUGCGGGAGGAUACGUUUCAUGCCCAACAAUUCCAAACGGCCAAAUAUCUUAA